AUACAAACCGUGGUCACGUAAAUUCCAAAUUGACUGCUCGCAAUCAUGAACGUGCUUUGACUAGCGACCGCAAUAUGCGGGAAAGAAACUGGACCCUAUGUUGCAAGGUUAACUUGACAUCUCGCGCUUAGACGCUGGGUCCAGGCUGCCUUGGAACCCGCCAAGAAUUGGGAAGGAAAAAAUAGGAGAAUUAAUUAUUGGCCUACCGUACCCCACAGGCCCACUGUGGGCGAACAAAGGCGUCCAAUAACCCGACAAGCCACAUAACCACCGCCAGAAGGAACAUCAAUCACUCCAUCGUAGUCCACGUCAGCCGCGCGACCGGUCAGGGGUGCCUGGUCCCCACGACGACACACAAAGCACGAGGGGCGUUGCCCGUGGGCUUCUUAAGUCGCAACAUGGCCUCCUUCACCCGCCGCUGCCACCUCGGCGCCAAUCCCUCAGCUCCAUGACGGCCUUUCGUCCUGCUCACCAUCCGCCGCGCGGACGGAUUGCCUGGAUCAGCCCGAUCCUAGGUCUGCUGGUCAUUCUCUUCAUAUAUCUCACCCACCGAAACAUAUCGUCUCCAAUCGCAUUCCCGCAUAUAAAACAAAAUGCCGACACAAACUGUCCCAGCCUCCCUGGCAUGGAGGAUGUCUUCGUCGUCCUCAAAACAGGCGUCACCGAAGCCCGCGACAAAGUCCCCGUCCACCUCCAAACCACCCUCCGCUGCAUCCCACACUACAUCAUCUUCUCCGACUACAACGAAACGAUCAACAAUGUGCAACUCCACGACGUCCUCGACAGCGUAACAGAGGACAUCAAACAAUCCAACCCGGACUUCAGCAUCUACAACCGUGUGCGCGCCGCCGGGCGCACAGCGCUUACCACCUCCGACAUGAACCCGGACACCAACACCGCGUUCGGCAAACCGAACAACCCGGGCUGGAAGCUGGACAAGUGGAAGUUCCUGCCGAUGAUCGAGGAGACGUUGAAGGCGCGUGACAACGCAAAAUGGUACGUCUUCAUGGAGGCAGACACGUAUUUCUUCUGGCCGAAUCUGCUGGCCUGGUUGGCGCAGUUGGAGCACCAGAGGCCGUAUUAUCUAGGGAAUCAGAUGCAGAUCGCCGAUGUGGUUUUUGCGCAUGGCGGGUCCGGGUUUGUGCUUUCCAACCCGGCGAUGCGCGCAGCGGUUUCGCUGCGGAGGUAUGAUUUGGAUGCGUGGGAUCGCGUGACAAGGGAUCAUUGGGCCGGCGAUUGUGUGUUGGGCAAGUUGAUGGCAGAUGCUGGCGUGGGCAUGCUGUGGGCCUGGCCGGUGUUGGUCUCAGGCCAGCCGAGCGAACUGGACUUUUUCUCCGAGGGGUAUCGCAAGAAGCCAUGGUGCUAUGCACCGGUGGCUUAUCAUCAUUUGGGGCCAGAGCAGAUUCGUGACCUCUGGGAGUUUGAGCGGAGAUGGUUUCGCGAGGGGAAUCGCAAGCCGGUCUUGUAUCGGGAUGUGUUUCGACAUAUGGUCCGGCCGAAGUUAGGAGGCACGGUUGCCGGUUGGGAUAAUCGAAUCGGCGAAACGCCGGGAGAGACGAGUCUUAGCUUGGUGGAGUGCCGGGUGCUCUGCUAUCGCGAUGAUAAAUGUGUACAGUAUAGUUAUACGGAUGGGAAGUGUUGGACGUCCCAUGUCCCUGUGUGGGGCGCGCGGAAGGACGAGGUCGCCUCCGGCUGGAUCACGGAGAGAGUCGAUGCCCUGGUAGAAGAUAUGGGCUCCUGUCCUCAACCAAAGUGGAUUGUAAGCUAGAUGCUAUACCGGCGCUUGUAGGUUGUGUGUAUAAUUCAUGGAUUAUGAGUAUAUCGUCCAAAAUUAAGCGCGAGCACACCGCUUAGCCGCAUAUAGACUCGAAUAGGGUCUUCUCCUCGAAUCACCCUCCAUC